AUGGCGCAUGCUGCUGAGCACGCUAUAUGCCUCGGCCUGCAUCGGCGAAAGAAUAUAGGAACGCGCAUGACGCCUCGAGGGACGACCGACAUCCGAACUGCCGAAGAGUAUGCGUCCGCGCUCGAUGCACAAACAUAUGAGACUGUGAUCCGGAUUAUGCAACCAAACGAAAAAGAUCGGGAAGCCCAAGUCGAAGCCCUCACCGCGGAUCUUUGCACCGAAAUUUACGGGCUCGAACGAAUGAAAAAUGGGGAGCUGCGCGAACGCGGUGUGAUGCUGCUGGAGCUCAAGAUGAACGGGCCACCCAGUGGCUGCUGUCAACUUUACAAAAAAAUAGCUUCCGUCGUUCACCCAGAAGCGCCGGAACUGUCCUACUUUUCCGGCGGCACCGCCGAGGCGCUACGCUCGGCUGACGAGAAAAACGAAAUUACUGUCGAUAACGAAGAAGACGAAAGUGGAAAGCGGCAAGGGGAGCGAUUUCGGCUGAUGCAGACUUGGGGCAUCUCGGCUGUCGAAAAAGUUGGACAAAUGCUGGACUGGGUAGCUGAACGCCAAAAUUUGAACGACUCUCAAUUUUAUAGAAAGCAGUACUGCUACGCC